AUGGUCAGACCCACCAUCGUCCUCAUCGGAACCUGCGACACCAAAUGGGACGAACUAUGCUUCACGGAGUCUCAACUCCUCACUCAAAACACCUGCACCGUCCUGCUCAUGGACGUCGGCCGCACCCCAUGCUCCCACAGCUCCAUCGCCAUCAAACACCCCGACCUAACCAGCACUGACACUGACAAUGACACAAAAAUAUCGGAUCUCCCCCGCCCAGAAUACAUUCACCGGAUGACCACCCACGCCAUCACAGCCCUCACCACCCUCCACCGCACCGGCUCCAUCCACGCCGUGCUAGGCAUCGGCGGCUCCUGCGGUACCGCCCUCGCAACCGCCGCCAUGCGCGCCGCUCUGCCCGUCGGCUUCCCCAAACUCAUGGUCUCGACCAUGGCCAGCGGCGAUGUAUCGCCUUACGUCGAGGAAACCGACCUAACCCUCAUGUACAGCGUGGUCGACGUCGCAGGCACGAACCGCAUCCUGACUCGGAUUCUAACGAACGCCGCCGCCGCCGUGACCGGGAUGGCUGUGUCGUAUGCGUCGCAGGCACAGAGCAUGCACGCAGACCGAAAAGGUAGCAAAACACAGAUAGCAAUCACCAUGUUCGGGGUGACGACACCAGCAGUGAAUACCAUCCGGGAACGGCUACAGCAGACCCUCGACUGCGAGGUGUACGUGUUCCACGCGACCGGAGCCGGCGGGAAAGCAAUGGAGCGGCUCAUCCGCGAGGGCCAGCUCGACGCCGUGGUCGAUCUCACCACGACCGAGAUCCCUGACGAGAUCGUCGGCGGCGUGCUCUCUGCGGGGCCGCGGCGUCUCAUCGCGGCGGCCGAAGCAGGCCUCCCGCAGAUCAUCAGCGUGGGUGCCUGUGACAUGGUGAAUUUUGGGCCAAGGGAGACGGUGCCAGCCCGGUUCCAGGACGGCCAUCGGCUGCUGUAUGAGCAUAAUCCGACUGUGACGCUCAUGCGGACGACGCCCGAGGAAUGUGAGCGGAUUGCCCGUUUCAUGGCGGAGAAGCUCAAGGCCCAUGUGGCUCACCCGGAGCGCGUGCGGGUGAUCUUGCCUGCGGCGGGUAUCAGCAUGCUCGAUUCACCGGGCCAGCCCUUCCACGACCGGGAAGCGGAUGAGGCACUUUUCUCCACUCUCGAGAACGAGCUCGAUGGGACAGGAAUUGCAGUCCUGCGAGACACGCGAGAGAUCAAUGAUCCAGAGUUUGCCCUCUCCGUAGCCGAUUCCCUAGCAGAUUUGUUGAAGAGCAAGUAA